AUGUCAGCCACAUCUACACCAUCCCAAUCCGGACCGCCUGGCGCGGACCCGUCCUCGUCGGGGCAAGCGACGCCCGCCAAGCGAAAGUUCAACUGGAAGAAUGGACCUCCGAGCUGUAAGGAAUGCGUCCGACUGAAAUUGAAGGUGAGCCUUGCGGCCAUAGCACCGUGGAAGAAGUUGACCAGCUCAGUGCUCGCGAUCUUGGCCGUGCUCGAGUUGCGUUCGUCGAGGAUGCGCGAAGAUCUGUCCCGACGGAACAUUGGCUGGAAGGUACGUUACGAGGUCCCGGACGCCCUCCCCCACUUUCUCCACUCGCUCACACACAGACCAUCCAAGGAUCAGGCAACCAUCGCUAGGCUGCAAAAGGAGAUCGACGAGCUCAAGUCGAGACUGGAGCUGGUGGCCAAGCACUCGCCCGUUGAGCCUUUGGGCAUCUCGCACCCGUCUGUCGAUACACAAGCCAGCUCGAUCAUCCCCUCUGCCAACGAUGAGGAUUACACACCAUUCACAGCAGUGUCUCCGGCGGCGGCGCAGGCUCAUCACCUGCAGCCAGACCAGCGUGAUGAGAACAGGCUCGACCCCGCCAGCGGGCCUGGCUCGGGUGUUAUCGAGCUCGGACGUGAAGGCAUCAGGUUCUUUGGACGAGGAGCAGGAUCCUUGUUCAUUGUCGAGGAUGAUUCUUUCCCUUUCAUGAUGGCAGACAAAACCAUUCUGACGGCUUUGCACGAGUUUCUGCCAGACGCUCAGGAGGCUUUCCGACUGGCCAAGCUCUACGAGAACGACACUGUGUCUAAGGUUUUGGAGCUUAUCUACUCCGGUCCGCCAGUCCGCGAACAGAUCCACAGGGUACCCCCGCACCGACUCGCCUCAGUCAUGAUGGUUUUCGCGCUUGCACUCUGCUACGAAGGUCACCGUCCCGAGUCGGCCAAGUACUUCAACGCUGCCUCGGCCUUGCUCUGCGUUCCGGAAAGACACUUUAUGGUGCGGCACAGCGUGGCUGCAGUGGAGACUCUGCACCUGAUGGUCAGCUACACGUUCAACAACUCGCAUCCAGACGGUGCAAAGGCGGCCUGGCCGAUCCUUGGACUCUGCAUCCGAUUGGCGAACUCGAUCGGACUGCACCGCGACCAGGGCGAAUGGGGUCUCAGCGAGGCUCAGAAGGAGCACCACGCUGUGCUCUGGUGGGAGUCCAUGACGUACGAGAUCCUCCAGUCGCUCAACUUUGGUCGACCGUACUCGACGCCGAUGCAGCUGUCGGACUGCGCCAUGCCCCCGAUGCCGCCAGACGGCGGUGCUCAGCCGAACGAUGCCAUCUUCCACCUGUAUAAGUACAGGCUGGGACAGGUAUUCGUGCCGGUAGCAAAUUAUCUGGCGUUGAGCAAGUUGCCGGAUUAUUCGACGGUGUUGAAGAUGGAUUCGGAGAUCAGAAAGGUUGAGGCAGUAGCCCCCGCCUGGCUCAAGUGGCAGGAGUUUGGUACGGCGGGCUUUGCCGGGCUUUCGGAUAAGCAGAUUGUGCAGCAGCACAGCGCCACUAUCUUCUUCCACAUGGGUUUGCUCUUACUCCACCGACCUUGGUUCUUCAAGGCCGUUACCGCCGGAUCGGAACCCUUGCUGGGUCCGUACGCGGCGUCGUUCACGACAUGUGUCACGUCUGCCCGCAAGCACACGCGCCUCGUGGCAUCGUGCUUCAAGGCCGUGCCGCGUGCCGCAUGCGGCUGGCGCUACUUCACGUUCCACCUGUACACGGCCGCGAUCAUCUUCUUCAGUGUCUUGCGGCGCGUCCCCACCAGCAUGAUGGCCGACGAUGUGCGGUCCGACUUCCUCGCUGCGCACCAGACUCUGACCGAGAUGGCCGAAAUGUCAGACAUUGCACGACUCGCGCUUCCCAUGCUCGACGAGCUGAAGAGGCGGAUAGAGCACCCCGAGCCGAUCAAUGACAGCAAGGACGAUGGCGGUCUCGAUGACCUGCUCGGUUCGACGAUCACGCAAUGGCAGGGCGGAGACCCAGCUCAGCUGCCCCAGGAUCCGAACCAGUUCUCGUACUGGACGACGAAUGGCGAACUAAACGCUGUGAACAGCGCCCCCACGCCCCUCGACCCCAACAUGUUGGGUGGCUCGGGCAUCGACUUUACGCAGCCGUUCUCUGCCCCUGAUCAGAUGACCAUGGCUGACCCCCUUAUCCAGACUUUGCUCUAUUGGAAUGUCAUCCCACAGGCCGAUGCCCAGCAGCAGCAACAGCCACAGCAGAGCGCCCAACCUGCCCAGCAGCCCCCGCAGCCUCACUACCCUCCGAGCUAG